AUGUCUUAUGACGAUAUAGAAAACGCAACUCCUGAUAUUGUUAUCGGAAGCACUAUCGAAGAAGAGGAGGAUGAUUACCAAUACGAGAACGAGAGUGACAAUGAAGUGCAACAAGAAAAAGACUUGGAUGAUGACUCACAGCUGAAGGGCAAAAAAUCAGUUGCUUUUGCAGGAUUGGACGAGGAGGACGAUGAAAAGGCAGAGGAGAGAGCUAAAAGAGAGUUUGAAGAAGGCGGUGGUUUGCCUGAACAACCCACCAACCCAGACAUCUCUGAACUUACGCCACUUUCACCAGAAAUCAUCAACAGACAAGCCACAAUCAACAUUGGUACAAUUGGACAUGUCGCACAUGGUAAGUCUACUGUGGUCAGAGCCAUAUCAGGAGUCCAAACUGUUCGUUUUAAGGAUGAAUUGGAAAGAAAUAUUACCAUCAAAUUGGGUUACGCCAACGCCAAAAUUUACAAGUGUGACAACCCCGAGUGUCCAGAGCCAGGUUGUUACAGGUCUUUCAAGUCCGAUAAAGAAAUAAGACCCAAGUGCCAGCGCCCUGGAUGCGAAGGUCGUUAUAAAUUAGUUAGACACGUUUCAUUCGUUGAUUGUCCUGGUCAUGAUAUUUUGAUGAGUACAAUGUUGUCAGGAGCUGCCGUUAUGGAUGCAGCUUUGUUGCUUAUUGCCGGAAAUGAAAGUUGUCCUCAACCACAAACAUCUGAACAUUUGGCAGCCAUUGAAAUCAUGAAGUUGAAGCAUGUUAUUAUUUUGCAGAACAAGGUUGACUUGAUGAGAGAAGAGUCCGCAUUGGAGCAUGAAAAGUCAAUUAUUCAGUUCAUCAGAGGUACCAUAGCUGAUGGUGCACCCAUAGUUCCAAUUUCAGCACAAUUGAAAUAUAACAUUGACGCCGUCAAUCAAUUCAUAGUGAACUCCAUACCUGUCCCCAUUAGAGACUUUACUGCAUCACCAAGAUUGAUUGUGAUUAGGUCUUUUGAUGUUAACAAACCUGGUGCUGACGUUGAUGACCUAAAGGGGGGUGUUGCUGGUGGUUCUAUCUUGACUGGUGUUUUCAAGAUUGGAGAUGAGAUUGAAAUCAGACCGGGUAUUGUCACCAAGGACGACCAAGGAAGAAUCCAAUGUAAGACGAUAUUUUCAAACAUUGUUUCAUUAUUUGCAGAACACAAUGACUUGAAGUUUGCCGUGCCGGGAGGUUUGAUCGGAGUUGGUACGAAAGUUGAUCCUACCUUGUGUAGAGCUGACAGAUUGGUCGGACAAGUGGUCGGAGCCAAAGGAAACUUGCCAUCCAUUUAUUCCGAUAUCGAAAUCAAUUACUUUUUGUUGAGGAGAUUGUUGGGAGUGAAAACCGAGGGACAGAAACAAGGUGCAAAAGUUAGAAAAUUGGAGGUGGGCGAAGUUUUGAUGGUGAAUAUUGGAUCUACAGCCACCGGUGCUAGAGUAGUAGCUGUCAGAGCAGAUAUGGCGCGUUUGCAAUUGACUUCUCCAGCUUGUACUGAAAUUAACGAAAAGAUUGCCUUGUCUAGACGUAUCGAGAAGCACUGGCGUUUGAUUGGUUGGGCAACCAUUAAAAAGGGAACAACUAUUGAGCCAGUAGCUUGA